AUGGCUAAGAGGCCUAUGUUAGGGAUAGAUGAGAGAAUGGUUCAGCAGCAUCCUCCUGUUUCAUCUUUGAGUAGCAGAAUGAUGUUGCCACAAAGUGGUGUCAAAAGUACUAAUGGUGAUAAUGGAAAUGGUGGUGAGGGUGGUGGCCUGGGUACAAGAGUCUUUUCACCUUCUGGUGUUCCUGGCAUUCAGUGGAGACCUGGUAGUUCCUUCCAAACUCAACAUGAAGGGAGAAAUUUCUACAGAGAUUCCAACAAGUACAACAAGGAAGCAGCACCCUUCUUGGUAUGCCUCCUAUUUCUGGAGGAACAAGUCAAUGAUGUUAAGGGCUUCAUUGAUGACUAUGUGGAACGAAAUCAGGAGGAUUUUGAUGAGUUUGAGGAUGUUGAUAUGUUAUACAACACCUUAUCACUAGACAAAGUAGAAGCACUUGAAGAUCUUAUUAUCAUUGGUCCACCUGGCCUUGUUAAGGUAACAACAUAUCUGUUGUUCAAACUUCAAAAUGCUACUUGA